AUGAUUUUAUAAAAAGCCUCACCAGAAGAAUAAAAAUAGUUGUUGGAGGUUAUAAAGUUUGAAGAAUUUCUGCUAAAUGUAAUUAGAAAUGUCCCAAAAAGAAUCAUGAGAGAAAACACAAACUUGGACCCACCACUUCACAUUGAAUUAAGAAAUAUCUCAAAUGAAGAAUUUAGAUAAAAGUUAUUAAAGUAAAAAGGAGAAAUAGCGUACCACAUAAUUAGAUAAAGGAUAAAUGGAAAAAUGAUUAAUUAAGAAAGAAAAGAUUUAGAGUUGAUUGAAAAGGAAUUAGGAGAACUAUUUAUCAAAUAGCCUCCUUCCUUUCGGUCUGUCGAGAAGAUUAAGACAAUCUUUGGAAAUCUGAAAGUUGAUGAAUAAUUGAGGGAUGGUAAAUUUCAUCUACUAGAAAAAGAUACAUAUUUGUCCUAAUUAAGAUAAAUUAAGAAUUUAAGCAAACCUUAAUCUAUUGAAAAAGAAAAUUGGAAUUCAUUAAUCAAACAAACAGAAACUGUGAUUAAAACAAUCUAAGCCUUUGGAUAAACAGACAAGGAAAUUGAUAAAAUGUUAAUUAAUCAAGAACUUCUCAUUUUAAAAUCAAUAAUAUCUAAACUAUCUAAUGAGGAAUAAUAGUAAGAAUAGAAAUCAUAAGAUCCAAUGAAUGAGAACUAUAGAACAUAUUUAUAAUUAAUGAUUAAGAUUGUAAAGAUAAAAACGUUAUCUCUACAAGAAGAGAUGGAGUUAUUAAACGAAUUGUUUGAAAAAGUUCUUAUUUUCGCUGGAAAACUUGAUUAAAUUCAAAGGUAUGAAGAAGAAAACUAAACAAAAUUCUAAAACAGAUUUUAAGAAUUUAUUUAAGAAUGUAUUGGGAGGUUUGAAAAAUCUCAAUUGAUCGAAGAAGACUAAAAUUUUUGUUUGAACAAGGAAAGUUUAGAAUUCCAGUUAUUUAAAAGAGGAAAUGACAACACUUAAAUAAAGAUUUCUGAUUUUCUAUAAUAAUUAGUAGUCUCAGUCUAAAAAAAUUGGUUGAACUCAAGUAUCGCUCCAACACCCAAUUCAAAUAAGAUUUUCUAAUUCAAUAAAUAUAAAAAAUAUACUCAGAGGAUAAUGAAAAAGAAGAUGUAGAAGUAUUAGAAGAAUAAAUUGGUUUAGUUCAAAAGUUCAAAAACUUCACAAAUAAUGAAUAAUGGAAAAUCAAAUAAGGUCUAGUGUUUACUAUAAUUUAGAUUUCUUCUAAUUGUUUUUCAGAUUCUAUAACUUCUUUUUGUUAGAAAGUCCUAAUCUAAUUAUGGGUUUAGGAAAAGGAUCAAAGAGUCAGAAAUAUUUUAAAAAAUAAAAAUUUUGUAGAAAGAUUGGUAGACUUAACAUGAUAGAAUUGAAGGUAAAAUGUAGGAGAUGUUGAGAAGAAUUGAUGAAUUGUAGGAAUAAAUUUCUCAUGAGGCUAAUCUCAACAAGCGAGAUCAAUAUCUUAAAGAACUUGAUGAAACAACAGAGCAAUUAGAUUAAUAAAUUGAAAAUAUUAGUGAAAUGGGUUAAUAAUUGAGACUGCUAACCGAUUUUGUUAAUCAUAUCAGAAAAGGCUUGAUUAGAGUGGAGGGGAAAAUCAAUGAAAUGAAGGAAUAACUCAAAAGUAUAGGUAACGAUAUUAAAUUCCUGAGAGGAAAAUCUGUUGAAUAAUUAUUUGAAAUUAGAAAAUGGAAGGUAUUGAAAGAAGCUGCACUUAAGAAUGCUAAAUCCAUUUAUAGAUACUCUCAUAAAGGUGAAAAGAAAGAAGAUAAAUUAAGUAUUUUAAUAAAUUUGGAAUAAAUUGAUGAUACAAAUGGAGAAGUGAAUGAGUUUUUAUUAGAAGAGCACGAAACAGUGUUAUUAAUUCAUGGGGUAGCUGGAUCAGGUAAAAGUACGACAGCUAAGAAAAUAGAAGAAUUUAUUUGGAAAUUACACAACAAUAAUAAAAAAAUUAGAAAUCAGAUUCUCAUACCUGUUUAUAUCUCCUUGCCCUCGUUAAAAAACCCUGUUUUUUAAGCAGUAGAGGAGGCACUUCAUUAGGAUGAGUACGGCUUUGACGAACUUUAACUAAGAGAAUGCAAAGAGAAGUUAGAAAAGAAAGAAUUCAGAUUGUUAUUGAUAAUGGAUAGCUAUGAUGAAAUGAAACUAGAGAAUAUUUAGAAAAAUUUAUAUAUGAAUAAUAAAGUCAAAUAGAAUUGGUCAGACCCACUUGUUAUUUUUACGACAAGAAGUGAAAUUUUUACAAGCAGUAAUUAUACCUUUUGGUUUGCACCAGAUAAAAAAGAAAAUUUAAAUGAUAAUAAAGACAAUUUAAAGGAAAUUCAGCUUUAAAAAUUUAACCCUAGUUAAAUUAUGGAACAAUUUAAAGUGUUAAAAUGCUGGCUUUCGAAAUAUAUGAAUGGUAAACAUAAAUUUCAAAUUAAGGAGGAUUGGAUAUCAAUAAUUUUGAAAAGAAUUGGGAAAAAUUGA